CGCUCAUUCAGCUUUCGCAUCCUCGUCAGAUGUAGUCGACUCCCUCUCAAAAUUCGCUGGCCCGAUGCCCCUCAAAACCCCCCUGUGGUCCCUCGUCCGGAGCUACUCCAAUGGCCCGGCCAGGUCGCGCCUCGGCAAGAAGGCACUGAGUCUGGACCACUUCCUCCAGAGGUCCCGCGCCAUCUCGCUCUACCGCGAAAUCAUCCGCGGCACGAGGCGCAUCGCCGACCCCAACACCCGCGCCGAGUCGCGCCGCUUUGCGCGCGACGAGUUCGAGCGCCACCGAGACGUGACGGACCUCGGACACAUCCGCUACCUCAUCUCGACGGGCAAGACGGAGUGGCAGGGCAUGGAGCGCUACGUCGAGGGCAUGUAGUCAAGAAUGAUGUAGAGUGUUGUGUUUGUGUGUAAAUAUGGUUUUGUAUAAUA